ACAGGCUGCUGACCCUGACAGCCUACCACUAGAUUAGAACUGUCCGCUCGGUUUGUUGUCUAGGCAGUGGCAGUGGGGGGCGCAGGCCUAGCAUCGCCAUCGCUAGAAAUCAAGAAGAGGUGAUCUAGGUUUUAACUGCUGAGCCAUGGGCUUCUUUCGCCGCUCGCUGUCAGAAGAUUCUGUGGACCGCUACAACCAUAUCUGGUCAGUCUUGCUUCUCUUAGCUUUGGCCUUAACCACUUGGCUUCUGCCUCUCAGUCCUGCCAUCGGCUCUCUAGCUUUACCUGAUCCAGUCUCAACUCGCCCCUCUGCGGACACCAGUGAACCCAAACUCCCAACAUACAGAGCAACAUGUUGGACCCCAAUAGAGUUUACUAAUGCAUAUGUUAAAUUUGCGAAUGAAAAGUGUGCUGCGGCUUUGAAUACUGUAGUAAAGAGUGGGAAUGCUAGUAGGUCACUGUACUUGAACAUGGAUAACCUUCCUCCUACAUUUGACCGUUUUGAUGAUCACUAUGUUAAGCCUGAAGAUAUAAUAACAGGAAGGAACGAGAUGAGUGACCAGACAACCCAGCGUCCAACACGCCAAACAGGGCAGAGUUCUGAGGCUAGAGCUGACUCUUAUUUUUUUGUGGCGGUUACAGUUCCUUUAUUGCUAUUUGUGUUUGCGAUAUGUCUGAGGCUUCCACAUCUCUUGUGGUGCUUGAUGUCCAGUUGUGGAGCCCUCAACGUUGAGCAGACUCUUGACUCAGCUCGGCAGGGGUUGAUGCUGGAUGCAAGCAGUCGCCGGCAAUUUCACUCUGAUCUCGCCCGUGCUGCAAAAGUAGCCGCAGGGGCGUCUCGUGGUGUUGGUCUAGCCUAUUUGAUCUUCAAGUUUUUGAUGUGCUUGGUAGUGGUGUGUGAGCUUACUGCUCUCGGAGUUGUACUGCUGCCGGAACUAAAUGAUCUGAAAGACAGAAACGUCAGGAAUGUCUCUGAGCCUGAUGUCUCCUAUUCCGAUGUUUUGGCUUCCCCCGCACAUUACCAGUAUGAAAAUGACAUAAUGUUCCUCUGCGAUUUUAAAAUUCGCCAGUUACAAUCAGUCCAGAUUUGGACUGUCCAAUGUAUGUUCAGCUAUGACCCUAGCUCUGCAGCACUGCUGUCGAGUCUUGACGAUGGACGUAAUGUGCGACCUAUUGGAGAUUUGUUGCAGGGAUACCACGCUCUCCUCACAGCGGUGUUGGCCUACCUGAUCAUCUUGUUUGUGGUUGACUUCCUUAGUCUGGUAACCUGGCUGUCCCGCCUCGUUUUUGGCACCUGCCGAGACAGUCUGACCGACGGAGGGUCCACUCUGUCUCUGGACCUGUCCUUCCUGCUUCUGAUGAGUAAAGAACACAACGAUCCCUUGGUCACUAGUGCUCUGGGUCAGCAUCUGAUGGUUGGCUCAUCACGAGAAACUGAGAUGGAAAAGCUAAAAGAUUAACUUCAUUGGCCAGGCAGUUGUGCAGUUUUGCACUGAUACUCCUGUUAAAGGGUGUACGUUAACGAGACUGGCCACAAUAUUUUUAAUACUCUUUGUUUUCCUUUCCACAUUUGUCCAAACCUUUUUAAAUGAUUUAUUGUACUCUGUUUCAUCCGUUUUUAGUUUGUUUUGGUUGUUGGUGUUGUUGAAGUUAGAACCUUUUUGAAAAAAAAAAAUAAAA